UAUGUAUUUAUAAAGUUCAGCAGCCAUAUGAGAAAUUAGCCUCUGUAUUCACCGGGGUCCUCCCACCCCUCUGUCUUCUUCUCUAAUCCGCCCACAUGUAUCGUCUGAGGAAAAAAAUAGUGCAGAAGGUGACGCUCCUCCAAAGGAACAGAGAGAGGCACAAGAGAGGGAAAGGCAAAGAGAGCGAGGUGUCUACAGGCUGCAUCUCCACUGAAACAUUUGGAUGGGGGAGACAGAGGAAGAGCUGAAUGGUAGCUACACCCUGCGCCUGGAAGCGUAGAGACACUGUAACAAAGGCUGGCAAUUAUUUUUGUUUUUGGCAAUAACAAAGGUGGGAAAGGGGCUCUGAAAUCGAGGGGAAAUAGCCAAAAGACAGAUUUUUGUUUUUCAGGGGGACUUCUGCUUCAUUUCAUCCGAAAGACUCAUCCCGUGCCAUCAUCAGCAUGACCAUAAGCUCUAAGUAACAUUCGGCAAUAACGCUAUCAAAACAAGAUUUCCAGCAACAGUCGCGCGCAAUCCUAUUUCUGAUUUAUUAUAAUCGCGUGGAGGAAAAAACCCUCCACAAAAAACAGAAAAAAAACAAACAAACCCCAAAAAACAGAUCAGCUGAAUGUCUGCGAGAAACUGGAUACUCUGUGAAAUCGUAAGAAAGAGCGAUCUAACAAAGAAAACUACAUUUUGAUUGAUCUUUUUAAAGCUUGAUGUGCGUGUUUCUGCGCGCACUCGAAUCGAACCAGAACCAAAAGCAAACUCCUCAGACUCCUCCCUCCUCCUCCUCCCUUCGGUUUCUCUCAUCCUCUCCCUCCCCCCGGUCCUCUAUGCUCAGUUCGGUGUGUGUAUCCUCUUUUAAAGGGCGCAAGGGUGGGAACAAGUCGUCCAACAAAGCAUGUUACAGCGCAGACAUGACUUGUCCGUCGGAAAGCGAGAAAAUCGUGAUAAACUGCGGGGGGGUGCGGCAUGAGACCUACCGGAGCACCCUAAAAACGUUGCCCGGUACCCGCUUGUCGUGGCUCACCGAGCCGGACGCGUUCAGCAACUUCGACUACGACCCCAAAUUAGACGAGUUCUUCUUCGACCGCCACCCGUCGGUGUUUUCCUUCAUCCUCAACUAUUACCGCACCGGGAAGUUGCACUGUCCCAACGAUGUGUGCGGUCCCCUGUUCGAAGAGGAGCUGGCCUUCUGGGGCAUCGAUGAGACGGACGUGGAGGCUUGUUGCUGGAUGAAUUACCGGCAGCAUCGGGAUGCGGAGGAGGCGCUGGAUAGCUUCGAGACUCCAGAACCGGACGCGCCAGACGACGACCCGGCGCUGGGUGGUGCGGAUGGGGACUUGAAAAGACUGUGCAUGCAAGAGGACGCGAGGAAAGCGGGCUGGUGGAAAACCUGGCAACCCAGAAUAUGGGCACUCUUUGAAGACCCCUAUUCCUCCAAAUAUGCCCGGUAUGUGGCUUUUAUCUCCCUAUUCUUCAUCCUCAUCUCCAUAUCCACGUUCUGCAUGGAGACGCACGAGGCCUUCAACACCAUCCUCAACAAGACAGAGAACGUCACAGUGGGCAACAUGACUCGUGAGGAGAUAGUUUACGAGGUGGUGACUGACAGCUGGCUGACAUAUGUGGAAGGUGUGUGUGUCAUUUGGUUCACCAUUGAGGUCCUGCUUCGAGUCACCUUCUGCCCUGACAAGUUUGAAUUCUUCAAAAGCACCCUCAACAUCAUCGAUUUUGUUGCCAUCCUGCCCUUCUAUCUGGAGGUUGGUCUGAGUGGGCUGUCCUCCAAAGCUGCCAAGGAUGUCCUGGGGUUCCUGCGUGUCGUCCGAUUUGUUCGUAUCCUCCGAAUCUUCAAGCUGACUCGCCACUUUGUAGGUCUCCGUGUCCUUGGCCACACCCUGCGUGCCAGUACCAAUGAAUUCCUCCUGCUCAUCAUCUUCUUAGCUCUUGGUGUCCUCAUCUUUGCCACUAUGAUCUACUAUGCUGAACGAAUUGGUGCAGACCCAGAUGACCCAACAGCCAGUGCCCAUACCAACUUCAAGAACAUCCCCAUUGGAUUUUGGUGGGCCGUUGUGACCAUGACCACGCUGGGUUAUGGAGAUAUGUACCCGGAGACAUGGUCAGGGAUGCUGGUGGGUGCGCUGUGUGCCUUGGCUGGUGUGCUAACCAUUGCUAUGCCUGUACCUGUCAUUGUCAACAACUUCGGCAUGUACUACUCUCUGGCUAUGGCCAAACAAAAGCUUCCCAAAAAGAAGAACAAACAUAUCCCCCGAGCGCCACAACCAGGGUCCCCCAACUACUGCAAGCCAGAUGCCUUGGCGAUGGCUACUGCAUCACCACAAAGAAUCUUGGGAAAUGUCUUAGGAGGAGUGAUGGGGUCUGGAGGAAUAGGAGGUGACUGUCCUCUUGCCCAAGAAGAAAUUAUAGAGAUCAACAGAGAUUCUAAGCAGAAUGGUGACGCAGCCUCAGCCGCCUUGGCUAAUGAGGACUGCCCCACCAUCGACCAGGUGCUGAGCCCGGAUGAGAGGAGUCCUAUUGGGCGAGGCCCCACUCGGGAACGCUACCAGCAGGACAGAGCCUGCUUCCUUCUUAAUACCAGGGAAUUCCGUGCCACAGAUGGGAAUGUGCGGAAAGGUUGUGUCAUAUCACGCGUGUGCCGCCACUGCAGUGCAAGUGUAACUAAAGUCUGACUCUAGGUAGGUACAUAUUCCCUCUAUAGUGUAAAUUAAGUGUGACUUUGGGCAGGAAUUAUGUCAUCACUGAAUACAGUGACAGCCAGACUCACCGUUUCCCUUGAUAGAGAAUCCCAGAGCACAAAACCACAGAUGAUUGUUGUUGUAAAUGCAGCAGAUAGCCCAGAGAGGAGGAGAGCAGACUGUGAGAGACUGCAGUGGCCGAGACAUGAUUAACUUAUUUUAUUUUCAUUUCACAAUAUUUCUUCUUCUUGGAUUUUUUUAAAACAAAGUCUGUGUGUGACAAAAGCAAACUAAUGUCAGCUGAACAACCAUCACAACCAUGUUACCACCUGAUCUCAUUGCUUUCUAUCACUUUCACCUUUCAUAUAAUCAACAAAUGGGAACUGCUUUUCUGUCUCUCAAUUUCCAUUUUUACCGAUAUGCCAUUCGGCAAGUGUUACGAAUCACAUUAAAAAGCUUGAUUGAAGAAAUCAGUUUAUUAAAUGUGAGAUCAUAUUAAAGCCAGAAAUUAAGAAGACCACCAUUACCAACUUUAUUUGAAUAUACACUCACAGGCCACUUUAUUAGGUACAUCUUGCUAAUACCGGGUGUGACCCCUUGCUGGUCGAUUUUGAUGAUGACGAUGAUGAUUUUAUGAUAGGAUAACACAGUUGCUGGAUAUUUCUCUUGCACAUCCAUGGUGAAAAUCUCCUUUUCUACAAAAUCCCGAAGGUGCUCAUUGUGAUGCUGAAGAAACCACUUUGAGAUUAUUUGAGAUUUGUGACAUCCUGCGUUAUCCUGCUGGAAGCAGCCAUCAGAAUAUUGGUACACUUCUGACCAUGUUCAUAAAGGGAUGGACAACUAAAUAUCCCCAGCACCAUUACACAACCAGCAGCUUGAACCAUUCAUGGGUUCAUGCAGUUUACAUCAAAUUGUGACCCCAUCAUCCGAAUGGAAUCGAGACUCAGGUCAGACAAUGUUUUUCCAGUACCCUGUUGUCCAGUUUUAGUGAGCCUGUGGCAAUCAUAUCCUCAGUUUCCGGUUCUUAGCUGACAGGAAUGGCACCCGUUUUAUUCUUCUGCCACUGUAGUACAUCAGCUUUCAGAGAUGCUCUUCUGCAUACCUCAGUUGUAGCAAGUGUUUAUUGUCAUCUUGAAGCAGUCUGAUCAUUGUCCUCUGGCAUCAACGAGGCAUUUUCACCCAGAGACAUGCAGCUCAAUAGAUAUUUUUGCAGUUUUGGACUGUUCUCCAUAAACUCUAGAGGUGUUUGUGUGGGAAAAUCCCAGUAUAGCACUUUCUGAAAUCAGACCAGCUUGGUGCUAAGUCACUGGCACCAACAACCAUAUCCUAAAAGCCUAAAUAAACUGAUUUGCUGACAUGUGGUUGGCUAGUUAGAUGCUUGCCAUAUUUAACAGUUGAAAAGGUGUACUUAAUAAAGUGAGUGAGUGUAUAUAAAACAUAGCUAUUACGCGAGCAGAGUGGAACACUUAGCAUGCUGCAUGGUGAUCUUUAACAAUAUAUAGAAAAUACUGAAAAGAAUUUGUGACUAAAAUCAAAGAAUCGACUUUUGUUAAAAGUUCUUAUAAAGGAUUAUUUUUUGUGAACCCCCAUAAAUCAUACGUCAUAUCUUCAGAUAUGCAGAGCAUUAAUCCAAAUUAGAAGUUGUCUAAUAUUCAGCCUUUACUGUUUUUGUAAAUCUUCACGAUUAUGACUAUUCUGUUUCCCUUUUUAAAGAAAAGAAAACAUCUUUUCUUACAUGUGAAUCUGAACAGUAAACUUAAAAUCAUGUUUGAUUUCAAGCAUACAUUGUGCCAUAAAAAGAUCUUUGCUUGUUAGCUGUAGGAAAGGCACCUUCAGAUUAUUUCAAUUUGACUAUUUUAACUGUUAAACAAUAUUAAGAAUAAAUAAGCAGAGAUGUUUGAGUUUUGAUCUUCAACUCUCACUCUGAAAGCACACUAUCAAGCGUUGUUCAGUUCCAACAACAUACCAGGUUUGUUUAUUUUUUCUCCUCCCGUCUUGUACUCAGUCAGCAGUUUUUCUAUACAUGGCUGCCACUUGAUGUAAACUGACAGUUUGUCUUGAUGCAUUUGCGUGGUAUGAGAAAAACGUUCCUCUAACUUAACUUGAGAAUGAAGCAGCACCAGAUUUGCCAGGCAGCUUUUCAAAAGUGUUUGUGGUAUGUUACGCCAAAGAUGACCAUUACAGUGACAUAUUAAUGAUGCAAAUAUGCAUCAUUAAUAUGUCACUGAGGUACCAUCUGACGAAAGUGUUUGAGUAAAAAAAAAAGAAAUACUUUGAUUUAAGGUUGGUUAUCUAGAGUGGUAGAAUCGGCCACUUUGACCCUGAAUGUUGUCAUAUUUUUCCAUUGCAACAGGAAGACACAAAGGGUGUCACACUGGAUCAGUGGCUGUUCUUUGUUGUCUGACGCAGCCUUAUGGUGGAUGGAGUUUGACAAAAAUUUACAUGCAUAACUUAAGUAUACAGAAACCACAAACUCUGCUCCAGCAUCACAGUGUUAGAGCAUUACAUUCAUUUCAGCUAACAUGAGCAUAUUGCUAGUAAAUGUAUAAAACUCCACUCACUAUAAGUCAGUCAGUCAUUGUUAGAGCAGAUAGCUGCUAUCUAACAAUGGGGCCUUUCACUACAGCUGAUGCAACAACACUGUGAGCACAACACAACCUUGUUUGUGGCUGCUUCCUACAAGAAGGGCUCAGUGUAUGCAUGAAGUGUUUUGGACCAAAAAUACAGUGGGAAAGGAAACGUAGUCUUAGAUGAAUUGGUUAUUUGUUAAGCUAAAUGCAAAGUGUCACGCAUUAUAAUUUAAAGGUCCUUUUGUAGCUGGAAAGCGUUUUAAAUGAACUUCUUUGUUUCCCACUGUAAUCAAAAUAGAAAGUGACUCAGUAGUCACUCACAACAGGAUGUGAUUACCGAGGGUACAAAGUGAUUUAAAUGUGGCUGAGAGGACAUUUUUGUUUUGGCCAUUUGAAGUUUAUACCAAGUAAAUACAAAAUGGGCUGCUGACAAAGCAUGAUAUGAUUCCACAUAAACUUCAUGUGGUCAACUACAAUGUAUCAGUGAUAUCAGAGUAUUUGCUGUUGUGUAAACUGCGGUUUUGGCCAAAUAGUUGUCCAAAUUACCUGAACAUCGGACGUUACCGUGCACAAGGUGUUGGGUAAUUUAUGCAAUGGCCUGUUUAUUGCUGUUAAAUUUUUUAAUAUCUACAAAUCUUUUGCGUUUAUGUUUUUUGAGGAAAAAAAGGCAUAUCAUAACUCGCAUUUUCUUGUCUUGUCUGUCUUGUCUCUGUCUGUCUGUCCUUUAUAUGUCUUUAUGAUUUUCAUUAAAUAUCCUUCAUUUUCUUUUCUCUUCACUUUUGUGGUUCUUUUUUUAAUUCCUACUUUCAACAUCUUCAACCUCAUGUUCAUGUUUCAAAACUAUGAAACCUUCAUAAAAAACAUUCUGCAUAUGGGAAUUUUUCAUAUUAUCUGUAAACAUUUCACUGAUUUUCUUUCCAUUUAUUUGCACAUGACAUAAAAAAAAAUACAAACAAUUUAUUAAACUGAUUUAUUAUUAUAUUGAUUGUCUUAAAGCAACCGGCUAUGAAAAAUCUCGCAGUCUUAAUAACAUAUCGGGAAUGACUGGGUCAGCACUGCGACUCGCUCCUAUUACUAGCCCGCCUUUUGAGACCUAUGAGGCUCCAGGACCUCUG